UAUCACAUUAUUUACUCCCUCUCAGUCUCUCUCUCUCUCUCUCCUCUCACGUUUGCUCUCUGAAACAACUCCUCUUGCAGACAAAUACUAAUCCUCCAUCUCUCUCUCUCUCUGGUGAUCUAAUCUUUUCCUCUUAGCGGGAUUUUGGGUGAGGAAAAAGAUGCAUGGAUUUCCAGAGGGAGUAGGAAAAGCGGCGGAAUUGGGGCAGCUGCAGUCCACCAUGCACACCAUCGAGCUCGCCUGCACUUCCAUUCAGAUGCAUAUGAAUUCGGCUGCAGCUGAGGCAACUAUUUUGUCGCUGUCCCAGACCCCCCAACCAUACCAGGCAUGUAAAUUCAUUCUUGAGAACUCUCAAGUGGCAAAUGCAAGGUUUGAGGCUGCAGCUGCAAUUCGAAAUGCAGCAAUUAGAGAAUGGAGUUCUCUUAGCUCUGAUGACAAGAAAAGCAUGAUCAGUUUUUGUCUUUGUUUUGUUAUGCAACAUGCUAAUUCACCUGAGGGCUAUGUCCAAGCAAAGGUAUCUUCUGUGGCUGCUCAAUUGUUGAAAAGGGGCUGGCUUGAAUUUUCAGCUAGUGAUAAGGAGGCAUUUUUCUAUCAGGUAAACCAGGCUGCUUAUGGCAUUCAUGGUGUAGAUGUGCAGUUUGCUGGAAUUAAUUUCAUUGAAUCUCUGGUUUCUGAAUUUUCCCCGUCUACUUCAAGUCCGAUGGGUCUUCCUAGAGAGUUUCAUGAGCAUUGCCGGAAGUCAUUAGAGCAAGACCAUUUGAAGACAUUCUAUUGCUGGGCAAGAGAUGCUGCUUUAAGUGUGACAAAUAGAAUAGUUGAGUCUGACUCUGCGGUACCUGAGGUUAAAGUCUGUACUGCUGCGCUGCGUCUCAUGCUUCAAAUUCUGAAUUGGGAAUUCAGUACAAGUACAUUUGCCGCUGGAGUCAAGCAAGGCAGUGAUUCACCUAAGAGGUCCGAGUGUAACUUGGUGCAGCCUGGUCCAGCUUGGCGUGAUGUUUUGGUUUCUAGUGGCCAUAUAGGGUGGCUCUUGAGCUUAUAUGGCGCUCUAAGGCAGAAGUUUCUGUGUGAAGGUUAUUGGCUUGAUUGCCCCAUAGCUGUUACUGCCCGAAAGUUAAUUGUACAGUUUUGCUCCCUGACAGGAACCAUAUUUCCAUCUGACAAUGUACAAAUGCAAGAACACCACCUUCUCAAACUGCUUUGUGGAAUAAUACCAUGGCUUGAUCCUCCUGAUGCUGUUUCUAAAGCGAUUGAAUGUGGGAAGAGCGAAAGCGAGAUGCUUGACGGUUGUCGUGCUUUGUUGUCCAUUGCAACUGUUACAACUCCCUCUGUGUUUGACCAACUGUUAAAAUCAACAAGGCCCUAUGGCACUCUUACCUUCUUGUGCGUACUGAUGUCUGAUGUUAUUAAGAACCUCAUGACUAAUAACUCUGAGGAAGAGACAUGGAGCUGGGAGGCACGUGACAUUUUGCUAGAUACCUGGACUGCCCUUCUUGUGCCAGUUAAUAGAAGUGGUGGGCAUGCAUUGCUUCCAGCCGAAGGGAAAAAUGACACUGCUAAUUUAUUUGCCUUGAUUGUACAGGCUGAACUAAAAGCUGCUUCUGCAUCAGCAUUUAAAGAUGAUGACUCCGACUACCUUCAGGCUUCCAUUGUAGCCCUGGAUGAGAGGUUAAGCUCAUAUGCUCUUAUUGCUAGAGCAGCAAUUGAUGUCACCAUUCCUUUUCUCACAAGCCUUUUUACUGAGCUCUUUGAACGGCUUAAUCAGGGCAGGGGCAUUAUUGAUCCAACUGAAACUUUGGAGGAGCUUUACUCGUUGUUACUCAUCACUGGGCACGUGAUCGCUGAUGAAGGGGAGGGAGAAACACCACUGAUUCCAAAUGCUAUACAAAUUCAUUUUCCAGACAAUCUGGAAGCAAACAAUCAUCCUGUGGUCAUCCUCUGUAGCUCAAUUAUAAGGUUUGCUGAGCAAAGUUUACAACCAGAAAUGAGAGCAUCAGUUUUCAGUCCUCGACUAAUGGAGGCUGUUAUAUGGUUCCUUGCAAGAUGGUCUUGUACGUACCUAAUGUCUCCCGAAGGAAAUAGAGAAAGCAACUCUAAAAACGUCUUGCUUGGGUUUUUUGGACAACAUAAUCAGGGAAAAUUUGUGCUUGACAUUAUUGUUCGCAUAUCCUUGACGACCUUGGCGUCAUAUCCUGGGGAAAAGGAUCUGCAGGCAAUCACUUGUUUCCAGCUACUUCAUUCCCUUGUGCAGCAAAAACAUAUUUGUGUUCACCUUGUUGCAUUGGACUCAUGGCGUGACCUAGCAAAAGCUUUUGCUAAUGAAAAGACUUUGUUCUUGUUAAAUACAGCUCACCAGCGUUCACUUGCUCAGACACUUGUUCGUUCAGCUUCUGGCAUGAGCAACUCAGAGGCAUCCAACCUGUAUGUGAGGGAUCUCAUGAGUCAUAUGGCAACGUAUCUUGUAGAAAUGACAAGCAAAUCUGACUUUAAAAACAUUGCUCAACAACCAGAUAUUAUCCUGACGGUCAGUUGCUUUCUGGAGAGGCUACGGGGGGCCGCGAGUGCCUCAGAACCUCGUACACAAAAAGCGAUUUAUGAGCUCGGAUUCUCUGUUAUGAAUCCUGUUCUAGUUCUUCUGGAGGUCUACAAACACGAGUCUGCAGUUGUGUAUCUGAUACUUAAGUUUGUAGUCGCCUGGGUGGAUGGACAAAUAAGCUAUCUAGAGCCUCAGGAGACCGCUACUGUUGUUAACUUCUGCAUGAGUUUGCUUCAGCUUUACUCAUCAAACAAUAUUGGCAAGAUAUCAAUAAGUCUGUCAAGCAGCUUACUUACUGAAGCAAAGACUGAGAAGUACAAGGAUCUACGUGCUCUUCUCCAGCUCCUUUCAAGCCUUUGUUCCAAAGAUCUGGUUGAUUUUUCAUCAGAUUCUACAGAGACACAGGGCACAAACAUAUCUCAGGUCGUUUACUUUGGUCUUCAUAUAGUUACUCCUCUACUAUCUUUGGACCUGCUUAAAUACCCCAAGUUCUGCUAUGAUUACUUCUCGUUGCUGUCACAUUUAUUGGAGGUCUAUCCUGAAACCGUUGCACAAUUGAACAGCGACGCGUUUUCUCAUGUACUAGGAACUCUUGAGUUUGGCCUUCAUCAUCAGGACAUGGAAAUAGUUGAUAUGUGUUUGAGAGCGUUGAGAGCUCUUGCUUCGUACCACUAUAAGGAAACAAGUGCUGGCAAAGUAGGCUUGGGCUCACAUGCUGCAGGUCUAAAGGAUUCUGGUGGAAAUUUUCAAGAAGGCAUUUUGAGCCGGUUCCUUCGCUCGGUGCUGCAGUUGCUCCUUUUUGAGGAUUAUAGUCCUGACCUGGUCAGCGGUGCAGCAGAUGCUCUUCUUCCGCUAAUACUUUGCGAACAAAGCCUAUACCAGAGAUUAGGCAGUGAAUUGAUUGAGAGGCAGGCGAAUGCAAGCUUGAAAUCGCGGUUGACAAAUGCAUUGCAGCGUCUUACAAGCGCUAAUCAGCUUUCAUCUACCCUUGAUCGUAAGAACCAUCAAGUAUUCAGGAAAAAUCUCAACAGUUUCCUGAUUGAAGUCCGAGGGUUCUUGCGGACAGUGUGAUGUGUAUCGCAUGUUCUCCGUCGUGUAAAUAUGAGAGCGGGGAAAAGCCGGAAAGGGUGGUGGUGGUAUUCAUUUUUUCGAACAAUUGCACACGAAAAAACAACACAAUUUUGGUUGGAAAAGGAAGAAGAUACAUGAGUGUAUUGUGAGCAUUUUGAUUAUCUUGCGGACUUAAGGGUUUAUUUUCUCCAAAUUAA